UCAGUCUUUGUAAACACAAUGUGAGGUUGGGAGAAAAAGCUAAUAUUGGUAGUUACAAUACUUUAAUUAGCAGCCUUAUAAUUAAAGUACUUGGUGUUUCACUAAUAUGUGAUGGAUGUCUUACUCCAUUCCUAAUUUACAUUCUCCAAAAUCUUUCGAGUUCAUACGCAUUUGUGGAUCAUAAGUAGUUUAUUGAACCUCAAGACCGUUUUUCACUAAUCUGUGAUGGAUGUCUUAAUCCAUUCCUAAUUUUACAUUUUUAAAUAUAUUAUUGAGUACAUACACAUUUGUGGAUCAAAAUUAGUCUAGUUAAGCUCAAAUACAAUUGAAACUGUGUUUCUUUAUUACAAUAUGUUUUUGCUUUCUGCUUUUACCCUUUUAAGGUACCUAAAGUUUGCUGCAAAAGGUGCAUGAACUAUUUUGCUCUUGCUUUUAGCCUUCUCUCCACUCAACAGAUUAUUGAUGGGAUAAUCGACAGGACAUUAUGAUUCACAAAUUUUCAUUAUAUUUUUUGAGCCCUUCAAUUUCUUUCUCACUUUUGAAAUAUGCUCCCAAUACUUUAUCAACAGACAUGCUAGCCAGAGAUAUAUAAUCUUUAAAAUAGGUAGACCCUUUUCAGUUGUAAAACAUAACCAUCAAUUGAAUAAAAUAGCAACAAAGUUAAAAACACUGUAAAAUUAUCUCGCGCGUAUUUUAAAAAUGAUUCAUGUACAUUGUUUAAUUGGUAAAAUCAUAGAUACUUGUUUCAAAAAAAAAAAAAUCAUAGAUACUUAAAUGUUAACUUAAAAAAACGCCUCUUUAUAUAUCUAGUGAAAAAAAAAACAUAUAUCGUGUUUGAGAUAUCGAAUACGAGACAAUAUUUUUGGACUCGCAUGCAUGUUGUGUUCAGGCUGGUUGUGUUCAAUACCUUUUUUAUUUAUGAAUACCUUCUAAAACAUCUUCAUAAUUACUUUUGUUGAAAGAAAACUAGUGAUCUAUAAGUAACUGAAGGAUAUGUCUCAAAGUUGCAGGCCAUUUAGAACACCUAAAAUGAAUAUAGUAGAUGUGAACAACAUAGUAGUUCUACAACUAUGGUUUGGUUAUGACGUCGAUCAUAUAAGUGCAUUUCUAUUUUCUGGAGGCUUAUUGAAAGAAUGACCUGGUAAACCUUUUUAGUAUACGUACAUCCUCCAAGUAAAUAGGACAAAAAACAAGAAAUAAAAUAAUUAAUUGUAAUCUUUAGGGUUAGUUGACAAGUCUCAACAUUUUUCUUUGUAGCAAACGUUUGUCGAACAAGGGAUGAAACCACAAAAGUAAUUAGUCGAGAGCGAAGGGAUCAUGGAGUAAACUAAAAACGUUCUAGUGUGGCAUCGGAGUCACUCGCUCUAGAAAGUGUUGGACAAUGUCUUCACUUUAUUCAUUGUGAAGGUGCAUAUGUUCAUCACCAUUUUAGAAAUGGUGAUUCAUUAAUUAUCAAGUUUAGUUUGAUCAGUAAAUACAAUAAGAAUUGAAUAUUUAAGCGUGUAAGGCUAAAGUAAUUUAAAGACAGAACUAGAAAAUGAUUCUUAACACGUGAGAGAACCCUAAAUGGAAUAAUAACUUUUCUUAAGCAAUCUCAGUCAACAUGGUUUUCUAAUUUGUUGGAAUACGCCAAGAAAGUUGGAGCCAGUUCAUAACACACUGUAAACGUUACAAGUUCUAACUUACUAUAAGAGAUCAAAUUUGCGAUGCUUUAGUAGAAAACUUAUGAUUGUCAGUAAACAAGUCUUCAGGGGUAUCCAAAGAUUAACGCACCAAACACAAGAUGGGAUCCACGGGCGAGUGAAGGUUAAAGAUUUAUUAACUGUGGGCAGUCGAGGUAUAAGUGGUAUCGGAGCGGUUUGUUGUGCCGGCUUAAACCAAGAGGCGGUCCUAGUGCAUAUUUAGGAUUUUUGGCCCUGUAAACGGGGAUGGGGAUGAUUGUAACAUCCUAAUUUUUGAUAAUUAUGGUGUAUAUAAAAGUUUAAAAUAACUAAUUUGACUAUAUAUAUCAUCAACUUAUAUUUAUAUUUUCGACAAUUUAUCUAGAAAGAAUUCAACGAUGAAGUAUGCUUCAAAUGGAAUAAUAAAAUAAUAAAUAACAUGUGGAAAGUGAUUUAUGAUAUCACGUGAGUGAGAGCACAAACAAACAAUAAAAAUCAUGUAGUAAUUACAUUAAUUAUUAGUAAACAAAUUUUUUGAACCUCCAAACUUAGCUCAACGCUGUCACAUAGGAUGAAACUCAUGUACCUAGUGAGCAGAUAUGAAAACCUAUUAACCGGAUGCGGCGUUACAUCAAAUCACCUGAUUAUAUCCACCGUUAAAAUUGCACUCAGAAAGUUUUUAUUUGGUCAUUGAGAUGCAACUCAACUGUAGGAAAAAACAUUAAAAAUAAAAUCAGAAUUAUAGUGUCUGAUUUUAGGGCGAAACUCAUCAAGACUCUACUUCUCAAAGAGGAAGAAAAAUGAUACUAUACAAAGUGGAGUUUGAUUCCUUCUUAGUGAGUGCGGUGACUCAGCGCUUGCAUUUUCCUUGUCAUCCUAUUGCGCCACUUCCUACAAUCAUGAAACCAAGUUAAAGUCCAUGACAUUUUGCUGUUAAGUUAAUGAAUUAUUUUGUUAUCUUUUAUAAACGAUUCUUGAUAUGUUAUAAAGGAUAAAAUCUCCAGUCUUUGUUUGAAAUUAAAAAAUGAAGUAUAAAGAUUUAUUUAUUUUUUGCUUAACUUUGGUGCAAAGAUUAGUUGAUAAAAAGUACUAUAAAGAUUUGUUUUAUUCAUGAAUUAACGAAAGGUGGUUUAAUAAGAUCUAGGGCAUAAAUUGCGUCCUCUUCUUAGGUUUUGGGAACAACUUGUGGUUCUGUAUCCCAUUAUCAAAUAUCAAAUCAAUUUGUCAAGAAGUUGGGUAUAAGUUCAAUUUUAGAAUGUUGCUACUUGUACCUUUUGAUUUUAUUCAAAGAUAACUCAUCUACUUUUAAUACAUGUAAUCCAUAUGGAGUUUUAAGUAUUAUUGUCCUUGUAUUAAGAUAUUUAGUGGCCCUCCUCCCUGCGACCUUUUCUCUUUCUUGUAUAGCAAUGAAUUUGAUAAGAAGAAAGUUAAUGAGGCUUAUUUCACUAAGCUAUAGUCCAAAUUUUAAGAUAUUAAGAUUCCUCGAUUGAUUUUUCAAAAGGUUGAUCUUACUUUUUCUAAUUUUUGGUACAGAGUAGAGGCUGCAACAAGUUGUGCUAACCCAGUGAGGCAAAUGAAACCUGAAAGAUAGAGGCCUCAAAUUAACCUAAAGAUAUUGGUUACCAUGGCCCAUCCUUGUUUGUACAGUAUCUUCAUAUACUAUGUAACCUUUUUUCGAAACUGUAUAUAUUAUGGAACCUGAUAUUUUUGUUUUCCUCUGUUGUUAUGCUUGAAUCAAGAUCAGACAUACAUAUUUGACAAAAAGACAUAUCAGAAUAUAUUAUUCUACUUUAGAUAUUGUUGGAGACGUAUUACGAUUCAUCUGUACAAAAAUAUUUUAAAUGUGUGUUUACGUAGUAUUUUAAAAUCGUACGAUAUUAUUAAAUUUUAUUAAUAAUUUAUGGGUUAUAAUUAACUAAACAUAUAUGUAACAAAAAUGUGCUGUUCUUAUGAUUUAUAAUAAUUUCCGCUCAAAUGUGGUCAGACUGCAAACUAGACAUUGAAAAAUAAAAACGAUUUUGCAGAGUUUUUUACUUUUAGUAUUAUAUAUAUAUAAAUAUAUUUACAUAUUAUUAAUUAUUUGCAUUAAUUUAUAUAUUAUGAAAUAAUAAAAUGAUAAUAUAUAUGAAAUAAUUAUAAGUCUGUAACUAUUAUAUAUAUAAUUAAAUUGGUGCAUAUAACUAAAUAAUUUUAUGGUAAAUAAAUUCAAACAAUCACUUUUCUCUAUUUUAUAUGAUAUAUAACUAAAUUUCAAUUAUUUUAACAUAGAUAUAUAGUAUAUUUUCAGUACGACUAUUUAUUAUGAAGAUUCCUACUCAUAUGGUUUUAUUAUCAUUUGUAUUUUUAUGUUUUAAAAAAUAAAUCAUUUAUAAAAUUAUAACCAAAUUUCAGUAUGAGAUUUUUAAUAGUUUUAUUAAUUUAUAAUCAUUUUAAAUUUUUUUAAUUAUAACAUAUAAUGAAAAAUAGAAAUUUUAUUUUAUGUUUAAUAUGAUUUUUAAUUUAUUAUAAUAAUAUAAAAUUAACAAAACUGAUAAUACACAAAUUGUAUUCAAAUAUUUAUUAUUAAAAUUAUUAAUUUUUAUAUAUGUGUUAAUCACAUUACUUAAAUUUGUAGAUGCUAUUUAAGGAAAAAAAAAUGUUUUUAUACAUUAAUAAUUAAUUAUGUGUUUAGUUUAAUGAAAAACAUAAUAUAUAUUUAGAUAGACUAAACAUAAAUUGUAAAGACUAUAAAUUAUUAUGGUAAUGAUACGUCUCAUAGCUAAAAGGUUGGUAAUGUUUUUCUUUUAAUAUAUAAGAAAUUUUCUCAUAUAACUUAUAUAUAUAUAAAUUAAGGAUCAUAAAUCCAUAUUUGGUCUGCUAGGCUCAUCGUCAACCGUCCGGCCUGCGACUCUGCUAAAGACCAACCUUUGGUAAUAAAUGAAGUGUAAAACAUCAAUCCUAAGCGAAGAUGUGAAUUCAGGAACAAGAACUCCCUACCUUACAACCAAGUGAGCUAUUAGCGUUUUCUUAGUUUAAAACAUACGAUACGAUUAAUAUUGUUAUCAGUCUGAAUCACACAGAAAAACAUAUGCAUCAAUUACUUAGUGGGGCCGGUUGACAAGAGAUAUAGGACUCCACAAAUGGAUAGAGGCAAUGAGAUAGUUUUUAAGAGUUUCUUUCUCAAACAUUCUUCAAAAGAGUCUUUGGUUUGGAGAUCAAUAGCAUUGUAAGAAAGAGGGUCUACUUAUAUCUAUAUAUAUAUAUUUUUUUGAUAACCGAGUAUCUUGUUCCCACCGUGGUGGUUCAGACUAGAGACCGAAACGAGCAUGGACCCGAAAGUUAUCAGGUGGCUCACCGCGUAACGGUCUUCGGUCUCGGAUGCUGCAGUCCAUAUGUGAAUUCCGCAGUGGCCAAGGCUCGAAUCCAGAGGCGGACACUCCAGCUGGAGUUCCUUUACCACUAGACCAAAACAACUUGGUUUACUUAUAUCUAUAUAUGAUGCAGGAUAGAGCUUCAAAGAACGAAGAAGCAACCAAGAACCCUUAACAUUAGAAGAAUGGCAAAUUCUAGAGAAAAUAAUUAGUAAAGGUUUGAUUGGUAUAAACGCGAUGGAUGUUAGUGUGGAAGUUUGCGGAAACACAUAGUUGCUAUUUCAAAUAUUAAGUGAUUUAUACAACUAGUGUACCGGUUGGGAAUAUGUAUUUCAUUUACGAAAUAAUUAUAUUUGAUUUAAUAAUGGCUCAAUAAUAAAAUAAUAAUAUAAAAUAUAUAAUAUAAUUACAAAAUAUUAAAAUUAUAUUAUUAUGGUAAAAUAUAAUUAUGUAACUUAAAAUAAGUAAUAAUAAAAAUAAUAUUAUAAAAUAUUUAUUUUCAUUUAUAACAAAAGGUGGUUUAAUAAGAAAUAGGGUAGAAAUUGGACGCUCUUUCUAGUUCUUACGAGCAACUUGUGGUUCUGUAUCCCAUUAUCACAUAUCAAAUCGAUAUGAUAAGAAGUUGGGUAUAAGUACCAUUUUGGAAUGUGGCCACUUUUUAUUAUUAUUACAAACAUAACUCAUCUACUUUACUACAUGCCAUGACCCGAUCCAUAUGGGUUUAAGUAUUAGUAUCCUUGUAUUAAGAUAUUUAGUGGGCAUCCUCUCUGUGACGUUUUCUCUUUCUUGUAUAGCAAUGAAUUUGAUAAGAAGAAAGCUAAUGUUGUUUCACAAAGCAAUAGUCCAAACUUAAGAUAUUCAAGAUGCCUCGACUGAUUUUAUAAAAGGUUGAUCUUACUUUUCCUCAUUUUUGGUGGACUAGAGGCAGCAAGUUGAGCUAACCCCAUUGAGGCAAAUCAAACCUGAAAUAAAUUAGAGGCCUCAAAUUAGCGUAAAGAUAUUGAGUACCAUUGCCAUCUAUGAUUGUACAAUAUCUUAAUGUAUGUAACGUAAACCUAAUCGAGAUAAGUGUGUACAUAGAUACUUCAUUUACAAACAAUUGUCGUGGUUUAUGAUCUCAAAUUGAUUAUUAAUACAUGUGUUUAGAUUUUUUUCAAGCCGCAUAAUGUAUAUAUAUGAUUAAACUCUAUUUAUAAUUUAUUUCAAUCUAUACUUGAAAUUUGAGAACUGAAUUCACAUGAGUGAAUUUACAAUAUUGUUUAAUAUGGGGAACAAAAUCUUCCUUUUUUUUGAAACACUGGGGAACAAAAUCUAACCAUGUGAAGUUACAAUAAUUUAACAUGGAACAAAAUCUAACAGUGAAUACUAUGCAUUCAUAUGUUGUUUCAUCGCACAUUCAACUUUAGACGAACGAGAGAUGAACUUUUCAUGAAAUCUAGAAAAUUUAAUAGCAUUCAUUUAUAUUUAAAAUUUACCAUCAUGCACUUCCAUAUUGGGUUAAUUCUUAAUUGAUAAAAUAAAAACAAAAUGAGACGAGACGAGAUUUAUUAUUAGGUAAAACCAGUACUGGGUAAAAGGCAGGUCCUUUAUUCGUUUUUAGGAAAGCAAGUAAUAUGUUUCUAUUAAAAUUAAAGUUAUAAGCUAAUAUUCAUCAAUACUUGAAAAGUAUCUAUUAUUUCAACAAAACCAAUGCUAAUUGUUCUGAUAAGUUGUCUACGAAAGCCAUGAUAUUCAUAAUUUAUUAUCAUUAUAUAAGCUAUCCAUCAUAUUAUACCUUUUCAUUCUCCUUAUAAAUAUGCUUGAAUAUCUACAUAACAUGUGAUAUAAACCCACAACAAACGCCUCCUCUUUCAGAUUCUAUCUCUCUUCUACUGAUAACAAAAGGAUCAGUUGAGACAGAUCGAUAGAAAUGGAAAAAGUGAGAGACCUCGUCAGAGAAGGGAAGAGAGUGGCAAAAGAAGACCCCAGGAGAGUUGUUCACUCUUUCAAAGUGGGUCUUGUUCUUUCCUUGGUCUCUUCCUUCUAUUAUUACCAACCUCUCUACGACAGCUUCGGUGUUAAUGCAAUGUGGGCUGUCAUGACCGUUGUUGUCGUCUUCGAAUUCUCUGUUGGGGCCACGCUCGGGAAAGGACUUAACAGAGUAGCGGCAACACUAUUUGCAGGGGCACUUGGUAUCGGAGCUCAUCACCUUGCGAGCUUGUCUGGCUCAACAGGAGAACCCAUUCUUCUCGCAAUUUUCGUCUUUAUACAAGCGGCCUUGUCGACAUUUGUGCGGUUUUUUCCGCGGGUGAAGGCGAGAUAUGAUUACAGUCUCUUGAUAUUCAUACUUACCUUUGCGUUGAUAUCAGUGUCGGGGUUCAGAGAGGAACAAGUUCUCGUGUUGACUCAUAAGAGAAUCUCCACUGUGAUCAUCGGAGGACUCAGUUGUGUCCUUAUCUCUAUCUUUGUCUGCCCUGUUUGGGCAGGCCAAGAUCUGCAUUCUCUCCUCGCCUCUAACGUUGAGAAACUCUCCUUCUUUUUGCUAGAAUUUGGGGACAAGUAUUGUGAAACGGUAAAAGAUGGUGACACCAAAGAGGUUGACAAACGCAAAAAUGAUUUUGACAACUACAAAAGUGUUCUCAACUCAAAAAGCAAUGAAGAAUCUUUGGCUAAUUUUGCUAAAUGGGAACCUGGUCACGGCCAAUUCAGAUUCCGCCAUCCUUGGAAACAAUAUCUAUCCAUCGGUGGAUUAAUCCGACAAUGUGCUUAUCGAAUUGAUGCCCUGAAUUCAUAUCUAAAUGCAGAUAUUCAGGUGUCAAUUGAUAUAAGAAAGAAACUAGAAGAACCGUUUAGAAGAAUGAGUUUUGAAUCAGGAAAAGCAAUGAAAGAAAUGUCAGUUUCGUUAACUAAAAUGAUCAAACCAUCUUCUUCCGAUCUUCAUGUCCGAAACGCACAGUCUGCCUGCAAAUCUCUCACCAGCUUACUUCAUUCAGGCAUCUUGAAAGAAGUUGAGUCACAAGAAUUAAUCUCACUUCUGACAGCAAUCUCUUUGCUCAUUGAUAUCAUUAACCUGACCGAGAAUAUCUUGGAAUCUCUACAUGAACUUGCAUCAGCUGCAAGAUUUAAGGACAAGACUGAGUCGCCUAUUUUUGCUGAGAAACCAAAUUCCAAAAGCAUUGUUUGUGGCUGGGCGACCAAAGGCCAAGAUGAUCAUGUUGUCACAAUUGUUAACGAUGAUUGUUGUAAUGGUAAUACAUCAGAAAAGGGUAAUCGCUCGAACAAGGUUUUGAUCCAUGAAAAACAUGAAGAUUGUGUACAUGAGAAACAUGAAGAUGAUGAUGCACAUGUACAUUCGAGUUGUGAUUCUUAUGGUCAUACUAGUCUUCGUGUAAUUGUAGAAUGUAGAUAAUGAUAAUCUUUCAUGUUUUUUUUUGGAACCCAAUAAUCUUUCAUGUAUUCAUAAGAAUUAUUAUUGUUUGCUUAAAUCAUAAGAAUUAUUUAUCGAUAAAGGAUUCUUUUGAGCUAAGAAAAAAAAUGUCAAUGAAAAAGAAAUUUACUAAUAAGAACAAUGCUUAAAACAGUCAAGAGUUGUGUGCUAAGCUUAGUGAGAAUAAAAUAGUCUAUACACUAACAAAGAACACCAGAGGGAGAUAAUUCAAAGUUUUGUUUCUCGCCUUUUCUACUUCCGAAACUCGUCUCCAAAUCAAUCAACGGCUUUUAUCAGUUUCCCGCUAUAUAAAACAAAACAUAGGUUGUGACUGAGAAAAUUAGAAUAAAUAGGUGGAAAAUAAAAAAGUGGAAAUGAGAGAAAAAAUAAAACUGGAAGAGAGAGAGUAAAGCAGAGUAAAUGUAUUUAUUCUUAUUUUAGUUAAGGUAAAAUUAUGUGUAUUUUUUUUUAACAGUGUUUAAAGGAAAUGGGAGGAAAAUGAUUUUCACUUGGAUAAAAAAAAUAGAGUAAUUCAGCUGAAACAAUAUUUACUCCACUACAUUAUCACUAAUAAUACUUUUCAGUCAGAGUCAUAACAUAUAUAUGGAGUAUUUCUUUGUAAAAUGCUACCCACUUACAUUCAGCUUGAAGAACCUAGUAAUCAGAAUUUUUAAAUGAAGGAAACAUCUUCAUAUUAUCACUUGAAAAAACUGUUUAUUCCAAGUCCGGUUCUGUUAAUCAAUAAAAUCGUUAAACUAAACAAAACAAUGGUUAAAAGCUAAAACAAAUGUAAUAAUGUAUGGAAAAGUUGUCUUUGGUCUUGUGGUUGAAUUUUUAAAGUGGAAACCCUUUCACCACAACCAAGAUUCGAACUACCCUUUAGAAACAAUGUUUUUUUUAAUGUAGUAACGACUAUAUCAUUUCUCUCAAUUCUUUCAUACAGGGACUUGAUGAAAUAACAGCAGAUGUGGUUUAGAGGAAAGAUGAAGAGUGUGAUUAGUAAAUAUAAGAAGAAAUGAGAGUAAAUGAAAGAGUGAAAAUCAGAAAAAAAUGAAAAAAGUGAAAAAUGAAAGAAGAAAGUAUCCAGAAUAAAAUUUUAUCUCUAACAUAACUCAGAAUAAUAUUUAGUGUGUCUUUUCCUAUUUGUGCACAGUACAUAGAGUAAAUUAAAAAAAUUAUAUUCCACUUGAUUGGUAACAUUUUAGCUCAAUAUAUAGAGUAAAUAUUGAUCUAGAGUAAAAUUUUACUCUAUUAGACCUUUCAAUCACACCCAAAAUUUUUGUUCUUUUGUUAUCGUUUUAUUUCCGAUAAAGUUUCUUCCUUUUAUUGCUUGAUUUCAAUUUUUUUUUGUGUGUUUCCGAAUGAAUCAGCCUCUAAUCCAAAAUCAGAUAAGACGUUAUCCAAGAAUCAAAAAAUGGACGACAAAAUCAGAUAUGCUAAAUCCCAAGAAUCACUCCAUAGAUAAAAUGGAUUAUCACGUUUCGACACAUUUAGCACCUGGCUGCUUCAAACGCAGCGGUUGAUGUUGCGAAAUUUUGCGGAUGCGGGUGGUCGCGGUUUCUAACAGUUUUAAAAGAUUUGUACGAUUGGUUAUGCGGUUAGAAAUUGGUGCGUUUACAGAAUAUCUAUGAUUGGUUAACUACUAAAUACAACAGCGGUUAAAUAAUAAAUUAAUAAUAUUUAUAUUUUAUAAAAUUAUAAAAAUAUCAAAAUAUCAAAAUAUCAAAAAUCAUAAUAUUAUAAUAAAUAUAGAAAUAUAUUUAGAAAGUUAUAUUUUUAAUUUUUUUUAAACUAUAGUUAAUAUCUUUAUUUUAAAAUUUUAUAAUAUUAAUUAAAAUAUAAUAGAUAUAUUUUUCGUUUUUUUAUAAUUCCAAUUUAAAUUUUUUAUUGAAUAUUUUUAUUUUUGUAUUUAUAGUGUUUAAAAAAAAUUAUCCUCCUGCAACCACAUACGCUAACUGGAACCAUCUUUUAAAUUUAUGAGGUUUAGAACGAUUUGAAACGGUUUAGAACGAUUUGAGUGAUUGUUGCAAAAUGCCAACAACUGCUACCAACCGCAAAAGCUGUAUUUGCGGGUGUUAGCGGAGAAACCACUCAUACCCUUUAAUUAGUUAUUUUAAACUCGUACUAUUUUCUUGUAGCAUUUCAAAUUAAUAAAAAAAUAACUGGUUUGCAGUUAUGUAAAUUAGCUAUUUCUUGUUUAAUAGCAUAUGGAAUUUUUUUGCCUGGUGCAUUCUUUUUAAUUUUCUUGUUUCUGUUACGAAAAAAAGGAUAUGGAAAUAUAUCUGCUUGAUUUUAAAGUACGUAUGAAAAUUCUCGUUACACCAAAACAAGUUUUGGGAUACACUGGAGGAAAGAACGAAAUUGACGAUAACUCUAGUAUUAUUUCCAGCAAUUAUAAGAACAUGGAACGCCUGUAAUAAUAGUGAUAAUUUUCUUAUAACACCGAUUUUAAUAAAAAUACAAUUUAAAUUGUAUUUGAAAGAUACGGAAAAGUGAAUGGAUAAAGCCGUAAGCGAUCUUUGAGGAGGGCAAAGUGGUGACGUGAGCGAAAUCGCCAGUGUCACAUCUCAAGUGUCAGUCACUUUACUCUUCUAUACCAAUAAUAUCGUAUCAUAUAGAUUUGGUAUCAUUAAGGAUAAUAAUUAGCUCUCUAGGUUAGUUAUUAUGCCAUCACAAUAUCGAUAUUUUCAUACUCCGUACUAUUAAAAACCAAAUGUGUGUCGUAUGGUUACUCUUCCACAACGGUAGCCUUCGAUACAACUUGUGACUACAAAUGGUCAUCUUUGACACUGACACUGCCUGUCACUGCCGAUUCCAUUUAUACUUCCCACAACAUCAUCAAUUCAUCAUCAUCAUUACUAUAUGUUUUGAUAUAGUUAUUACUGUCACUAGGUCCUUGUCCGCGCUACGCGCGGAUAGUAUUUUGAUUUUUUUUUCAUAUUUUUGUACUAUUAUGUCAAUUGUUUAGUUUUCUAAAAUGUUAUGUUUUUACUGUAAAUUUGCAAUUAAAAAUCUAAUUUUUCCUUACUGUAAAGUAAGUUAAUUUUUUGAAUCUUACCACAACACAUUAUACACGACGAUAAUAUAGUUGGUUUUUAUAUUCUUAUUUGGUGUAAUAUUGAAAAAUUUGAUGGUUUGUUUAAAUAGUUUUCUUAAAUUAUAUAUUUUAGGAUUGAUUUUCGUGACUAUAUUCUAUAAUUGUCU